AUUGCACUGAUAAAACCCGUGAUUUCCAACAUAUUAAUGCGGCGUGGCGAGCGAUUCCACUGCCAGUACUGCGGGAAACUGUUUCCGCGUUCAGCAAACUUGACGCGUCACAUUCGGACCCACACAGGAGAGCAGCCCUAUAAAUGUGCCUUCUGUCCACGAUGCUUCAGUAUUUCGUCAAAUCUUCAACGGCAUAUUCGAAACAUACACCAAAAGGAGAGACCAUUUCAUUGCACAUUUUGUUUAAAAAAAUUUGGUCAAAGAGCGAACCUGGAGCGACACAUUAGGAACCACUAUUUACUUGAGUCAACGUCACAGCGUUUUCCACUGUUGUAG